UGCGAACCUCUUCUGUAGCAGCCGCCUGCAAUAGAGGAGGACAAUGCAAGUGAUGGGUGGCGAUGUCCCCGUCUUUCCUGUUUGAACAGCCAACGGAGCAGACUCUGUCAGAUCCAGCAUUGCUAAGACAUGGGACACGAGACCCUAACAACCAAUGACGUCAGGAUUCUGAAGAAGGAAGUUAAGUAACCACGCCCCUUCCAAGACAGCGCUAAUCACAUGCUCGGACACAAUGUGGUAUCCAUAAUGCAAGUGGCAUUGUUGUUUUGACAGACUAUUUAAUAACAUUACUCAUGAGAGCUGAGUUACCUCUCAUGUGACGCUCAUUAGUUCACCAAGGAAUUGAUUGUCCUGCAAUCAGGGCGCCUGGACCAGUCUCGCUAGCCUGGAGAUAAAUAUCAAGUCGAUAUCCUUUCCAUUAGACUCGAAAUUAGAGAAGGUGUUUACACCUAAACAAUGCUAUUUGUAGCAAUGUGUAGACAGUUUUGAGUUAUUUUGUCACAGUAUUCAAUCAACAAAUAUAUUUCUCAACUACACGGUUGCACACGAGAACUUCACUGCUACAGAAACAGCAUGUCUGAAUUGACAUCCUGGCAACCGUUUCUCGUUAUAUCUCGUAAUGUCUCUUUUUCGAUGGGUUAUAUCAUCUUUCUGACAAAACUCCUAAAUCAAGCGCAUUACACCUUAAAACGCUAGUAGCAUUAAACUUGACUAUUCAGAGAGGUGCCAUAUAUCGUCUGCGACGGCGAGCGUGCUACCUCUAUCAGUUUUGGUUAAAGAAAGUAUUCGCUAUGGAAUAUUGGCAUGCCGGCACGUCUUUACGGUUAUACAAAGUGAGAGAGUCCUAUUCAUGUGUCAACUACUUUCUCGAACAAGUAAUGGACAGUGAGAUCGAAGGUUUGACUGACAGUUAUCUAACCUCUUCCAAAAUGAAGAGCGCUGAGAUACCCCAUGUGCUUGGGUAAUGAGCACCAUUAUGCUGAAACUGCCUUAUGCCGGAAAUUGUGGAACGUUGAUUGCGAUUGAUCCUUGGGGAAUCUGUUCCCCAUUGUCAGAAUAACGAGGCCAAUCAUUCAAGUGGCUGAGAAUUAUCAAUAUCAUAUCAGGUUUUCUGAAUCGGACGAACACAAUAUAACCUGAAAUCUAUUUGAUGACGUCUAUUGGAGCCCCAUGACAUGUGUCUACCUGCACUGUGACAUUUCCGGAACAUUUUAUGAUAAGGGCUGAUCUUGCACACCAUUUGAAACCAAGCAGACACGCCAGCGACAAUGACCACGACAGCUGACGCCACGAUCACAUCAGCACCGACCGAAGACUACACCCAGUAUCCCGAAUACAAGGCUAGUAGACUGGUGUGGUCCAUCUUCCCACCCAUUCUAAUAUUCUUCGGCACAAUCGGUAACAUGAUGUCCAUUGUAGUCCUCAACAGGAAGCCCAUGCGAGAGUCAACGGUGUCCAUCUACCUCACUGCCUUGUCUGUUAUGGAUAUGUUGGUCCUCUAUACUGGUCUGAUGCGGCAAUGGCUGCGUGUGGUCAUCGAACUGGACGUCCGGGUCAUCAGCGAGAUGUCCUGCAAGAUCCACAUCUGGUUGGUGUACUUCACCCUCGACAUGUCAGUCUGGCUUCUCGUCUCAGUCACCAUCGAGAGAUGUGUGUCUGUGAUGUUUCCAUACACAGUGAAACAAUACUAUACACGAUGUACAGCACUGGUCAACAUUGCAGUCAUUGCUGUGUUGUUGUUGGCGCUCAACUCGCACUACUUGUACGGUCUUGGUGAUGUGCAGACGACGACAGAUGGCGAAAGAACCAUCGAGCGCUGUGUAUCACUUUGGAAUGGUUACGAACAAUUCGAGUUUCAGGUCUGGCCAUGGAUUGACCUGUGCGUGUUUUCUCUUAUACCACUGAUCGUCCUCAUCAUUGCAAACAUCUCCAUCAUCCAAAAAAUUCUGACCAGGAGAAGGAAUGCUCGGCGAAUAAAUCCCGUGGUUUCGACAAUAACAUCAGAACAAAAGCGGUAUCAAGACAAGAAGACGUCCUCCAUGACGAUAAUGCUUCUGGUUCUGAACUUAGUAUUCUUCGUGUGUACCACGCCCAUCAGCGUGUAUCUCAUUGGGGAACCCUACUGGUUGGACGAUCUUACACCACGCCAAGAAGCAGUUUUGUCCCUUGUUUGGGCAAUCGCAAACAUGCUUCAGUAUACGAACAAUUCAAUUAACUUUCUAUUAUAUUGCAUCAGUGGUUCUCGCUUCAGGAACACAUUAAAGGAUCUGUUUCAGCGUCGAAAUAGAGUCCGUCCUAGCAAUUCCAUGACAAUGCUGCGGAACAGUCAAAGAGAGGCUGGCGCAAGCGGCAACGGGGGCGGAGGCAACAUGUGCAAUGGUGGUAACGAAAAUGGAACCAGUCCAAAUACUCUUCAUGUAUGAAGACACGAAAAACUAUACGAAAAGUAAUGAAACUAUAUAUAGUGGUAUUACGAUUGUUUUAACAAGGGACAUGGAAAUGCCAUUUAACCAUGCCUCUACAAACAUGCCGUUUAUAGAUAACCUCGUUAUAACGUCAAAAACAUAUUUUCUCUUCCUUAAACUUUGGCAACCACUGAAUAUUUCUAGGCCUUGUCCGAAAUACUUUCACCAGUAUUCUAUUUCUAGAAGUACUCUCGUAACGGGUUCGUUCGAAAACUCAUCCUGUCCAGUGCCAAGGCACACACAUACAACUUCGAACAGCGGUAGACUGAAAAUAAAUAAAAAAGGCAUCGAGUAUGUUUUUUCGCGGCAUUUAGCAAUAUUCCAGCAAAAUCACAGCGAGGCACCCAAGAAAUGGGCUUCAGACAAAGUACCAAUGUGGGGAAUCGAAGCCGGACCUUCGGCGUGACUAACGAACACGUCAACCACUAGGCUACCCCACCAGCCACUGAAAUAAGAGGGGAAAACAAUAUGUUGUUAGUCUAAUGUUAUUGUAUGGGUCUGUGAACAAGAGAUAGUAUAAUACGGUCUGUAUUAUCAUAUUGAAUAAUAUAUUUAUCAUUAUGUUUAUAACGUCCAAACUAGUCUGGUGAAACAAUGGCGUUAUUGCGAGGUAAAAUGAAGUUAUUCAAAACAUGAUAUAUUCCCGUCUUGUUUCAAUAUUAGGUUUAAAUUAUUAUUGUCAGUAUGUCUUAUAUACGUCAACAACGAAAUCAGGUCAUAGCGAACACUUUAUUAUCAAAUCUAGAAAUAUUAUAUUUUCCUAUUGAAUUAUUUUGAAAACCGUUGAAACUGUUCAGUGAUAUUAUAUGGAAUGUACUGUGUUGACUUAUAACUCUCUAUUAUCGGUAUAAGUUGUAUUAAUGACCGCUUCUUUGUUAUAUCAAAUGUUUUGAAUUUUUGAAUGUAUUUCGCCAGCAAUGUGUUUGGAUUAUCUAUGUAUAUUUAACUCUUAAUACCUUAUAUUACACUUAUAACACUUUAUUAUCAAAUCUAGAAAUAUUAUAUUUUCCUAUUGAAUUAUUUUAAAAACCGUUGAAACUGUUCAGUGAUAUUAUAUGGAAUGUACUGUGUUGAUUAAUAACUCUCUAUUAUCGGUAUAAGUUGUAAUAAUGACCGCUUCUUUGUUGUGUCAAAUGUUUUGCAUUUUUUAAUUGUAUUUCGCCAGCAACGUGUUUGGAUUAUCUAUGUAAAUUUAACUCUUAAUACCUUAUAUUAUACUUAUAACACUUUAUUAUCAAAUCUAGAAAUAUUAUAUUUUCCUAUUGAAUUAUUUUAAAAACCGUUGAAACUGUUCAGUGAUAUUAUAUGGAAUGUACUGUGUUGACUAAUAACUCUCUAUUAUCGGUAUAAGUUGUAUUAAUGACCGCUUCUUUGUUGUGUCAAAUGUUUGCAUUUUUGAAUGUAUUUCGCCAGCAAUGUGUUUGGAUUAUCUAUGUAUAUUUAACUCUUAAUACCUUAUAUUAGGUUUGCAGAUCAAACAAGCAAUAAUUUUCAUGUGAUGUUAGAUGCGAUACUUUUGACAUCAACCAUCCAAAGUUAAUAAUUAUAAAGGAAAUUGUAACUUUUUAUAUCCCUUUUUCGUCAAUCAAGGCUGGCCGGUAUGAGGCUAAAGACAAUCAUGUCCCGGUGGAUCAUGGUAUAUCGGGAGUGCACGUGCACCGUUAGAAUGCCAAGUCUGAAACUACUUGCAUAAUUCUAUGAACUAUCAUCGAUUGAUCGCGUAUCGCUGUUAUGUGAUGAAUCAACAAAAUGAUAGAACCACGCACUUCACCUUAUAAUGAAUGCAUUCAUUCAUAGUUCGGAAGCUGCAACAUUUUGAUUGUAGUGAUCCAUUUUGUCUCGUGUUCAUGUUGUGUCUAUGUAAACCCUUAAGGUGUGCAUUAAGGUAAACUGUUGUGUAUUGUGAUGUGUGGCACAACAGCAAUGAUCGGUUUGAUCAUGUUUAAAUAUAUCAAAACGUCCACGUCAGAAAAUAAUCAGGCUCGAAUAUUUGCCCAUACAUUUUCCAUGGGGCGCAAAAGUUAACGUAAUAUGAAGGAAUCACUAAACAACCAGUGACGACGCCAGGUGUUCGGCAAACAUGUGUAUGUUCAUUAAUAUGCAGUGAUGAUGUAUGUUACGUAGAAACCUUUUCUUUACCCUUUUAUGACCAUUCUGACAAAAAAGUAUAUUUUAAUGUGGCCUUAAAGAACAUAUGAAUUGUUCAUGAAC